AUGUCUGAAAGAGGCCCUGGGGACGUGGAGGCUGCUAGGAAGCUCUCAGUAGGUGAGUCUCACAGUAAGUCACUUAUAGCUUACAUGUCCUCAACCAAGGCUGUUGGCCCUGAAGUGUAUUUGUCUUCUUGUGCUGGCACAGAUCCUGCCCUAUCAUCUCCCGAUCAACCAGACCUGCCUCAGGAUGAAGAUCAGGUGGUACCAGAGCUGGCUGCCAGGGAGAUCCAGAUGAGCUGGGAGAAGCCCCAUGAUGUGGGAGCUGGACUCGAGAACGUGGGUAACAGCUGCUACCUGAAUGCAGCCCUGCAGUGUCUGACAUACACACCACCUCUUGUCAACUACAUGCUGUCCCAGGAGCACUCUCGGGACUGCUGUAACCAAGAUGACUGCAUGAUGUGUGCUAUGGAAUUUCAUGUGACCCACAGUCUCCUCUACUCUGGGGAUGUCAUCCAGCCCUCAGAGAAGUUGACUGAGGCCUUCCACAAGCACAGGCAGGAAGAUGCCCAUGAGUUUCUGAUGUUCACCUUAAAUGCCAUGCACACAUCCUGUCUGCAAGGGAGCAAGCUCUUGGAAUGCAGGUCUGCACAGAGCUCCCUGAUCCAUGAGAUAUUUGGAGGCUCCUGGAAAUCUCAGAUCAAGUGCCUCUGCUGCCAGGAGACCACAGACAUCUUAGAGCCCUUCCUUGACAUCACCCUGGAUAUCAAAAAAGCUCAUACUGUGAAACAAGCCUUGGAAAAUUUAGUAAAGGAGGAACAGCUGUGUGGGGAGAAUGCCUACUAUUGUAACAAUUGUUGGGAGAAGACACCAGCUUCCAAGACAGUGACUGUGAAAAGUGCCCCAAAGGUUCUCCUGCUGGUAUUGAAUCGAUUCUCAGAGUUUACAGGUGACAAAAAGGACAGGGAAGUGAGCUAUCCUGAGUCCCUUGACUUUCAGCCAUACAUGUCUCAGUCCAGUAGAAACCCAUUGUUUUAUACCCUGUAUGCUGUGCUGGUCCAUGAUGGUAUGACUUGUUACAGUGGACAUUACUUCUGCUAUGUCAAAGCUGGUAAUGGCCACUGGUAUAAGAUGGAUGACUCUAGUGUCACCAAGUGUGAUGUGGAUACUGUCCUAAGUGAGCCUGCCUAUGUGCUCUUCUAUAUCCAGCAGACUGAUCUCAAAAGAUUUGUGGAUGCACCCAGAGGAAGAAUGCCAGGUAGGGAAAUCCUGGUGCACAACCAUCAAAAGAGAAUCCCCCACAAAAGCUGCAGAGCCCCCGGACCACAUACAGAAUACAGCAACCAAAGAUUUCUUAGACCACUGGAAAGUACUUCUGAGCAUAAGCCCCAAAGCCUUUGGCGAAUGUUGGGAAACAUGGACCUCCUCUGA